UUUACUUUUGGUUCCAGAACGUCAGGGCUCGAGAGAAGCAGAUGAAUAGGUGUAAUCAGGCUGCUCCAGUGCCCAUGAGAACUAGUUCUCUUGGUACUGGUAGAUCCAUUGAUCUCAAUUUUGGGUCCACUGGUUCUACUGGUGCUGGUGGAUCCAUCGACAUCAAUUUUGGGCCAGCUGGUGGAUCCAUUGACAUCAAUUUUGGGUCCACUAGUUCUACUGAUGAUGGUAGAUCUAUUGAUCUCAACUUUGGUUCCACCUAUUCUACUGGAGGACAAACAUCCCUGCAACAACGAGGAGGAGAUCACCAGGAGGUUCAAACUCUUCCUCUGUUCCCCGUGCACGGCGAGGACGUCUUUGGUAACCUGAAGACUACUUCCGAGGAAGGUAGUGCACAUGAUUACUAUUUCGGUGGCUCAGGCGGUUACAACCGUGGAUCUCCAGUUUCUCUUGAGCUCAGCCUCAACCCAUCCGGAGCUACUGAUUAGGCUUAGUAUAGCGUAGUUCCAAUUUCCUUUUUGUAAUAAUAAAUCAAUAAGAUGGUGUGCAUGUUGUUUCUUCUUUUUGUUUAACCAACAACAACACCAAGGAUCGAACCUUGGUCACCCAAUACUAUUUUCAAAACCAUAAACAACUCUACUGCACACAUCUUUCAUAAUGAUGCAAUAAAAACAAUCACUCAAAAAGAAUCCAACAAUCAAUUAAGUUGCACAGAGGUCUAGCUAGCAUCCUCUGAGUCAAACCAAACACAAACAAUUUCGUCGCUAGAAUUCAGGGAUUAAUAAAGCUAAACACUUCCCAUUCAGAAACACCUAUAGAGCACCAAACUUAACACCUCUUACGCUCGUGAUCUUUAGAACUAGAACACUAACAUAUCCUUCACUGGGCAGGAAAGUACAUGUCUCAAAAGAAUGCUACAAAUUCGCUCCAAGUCAUUAUCGAUAAUUCAUAUCCUUAGUACCAAAUCUAAUCAUGGUCAUGUUUCACCUUAAAGAAGGAACAUAGCCACAUUCUUCUUCUUUCUCAAUACAGUACCAUCAUGGAAAAAUACUAGCUCUAAUGAAUCUCUACUCAAGUAAACUCUCACCUUGAACUUUCAACUCCUUAAGUUCAGUUUCAUCCAAUAAGGCGACAUUAAUAUAGGUAUCUAACCUGGUAUCACCUCGAUAACAAACUCCACCACCCUCCUUAUAGAUAACCUAAGUAUCUCCAAAUUACCUCACUACACUCAAAAAUUUAUAUCAAUCUCUUCCCAAACCACAGAGUCAAGAAUCCUGUUCAAUGGCUAACACCUUAACCAAGGUGAGUUCUAUCAAAUGGUUACAUCACACAACUACCACUAAAGCACUACAAGCACUGCCAUAAAAACUGUUAUAAAAUAAACACUACUGGCACCACCACAAGGCUGCCAUAUGCACAAGUCUGCUAUAGACAUCAGGGAAAAAACCCAUACUUUUACUCAUAACUUUUCCUUCUAAAAGUUCAUCACGUAGUGUAUAUAAAAUCACCACACAACCUUCUUAGUCUACACUAAGAAUUCAAUCUCACACAAGGUCAGCAUAAUUGCCUCAGAGUCACUUUAAUCACGUAUCACAUGUCAAUUACCAAAACUCCACUAAGACGUCUCUUUAUAAAACAAGAUAUCUAAUCCUUGAUACGUACACCUCAUCUAAACAUCUGUACGUCCAACUUAAGAAGACAAAAUUUAUAACAAUUCAUACUCGUAUCCACACUAGGUACGUGCAUAGGUCCACACCAUGUCCUCAACCAAACACUUCAACAAUCAAAAGAACCUCAUUUCCAUAAAACAAUCCUCGUUGACUUAACAGAGUUGAAUCAAGAGGUUCCUAUUCCUCAAGGAUUGUAACUCGCGGCCACUGAACUUAUUCCAAUACGAACCUACAAGACAACUGUAAGGUUCUAAGUACAACCCCUUCGAAUCUCCAUCACCUAAGGAGUAUAGUAUGCUUGGCUAAUACAUGUAUAACACUUAAAACACAGUAUAAGUCAAAUACAAAUUCAUAUUAACCAAGUCAAUACUAUAGGGAAGGUAUUCACGUUCCUAAAACGACCUAGCGGCCUAAACAACUCCCAACACUCACGCAUACCCAAUGACUUAGCCAAUACCAAAGAGCACACGAUGGGGAUCCGCUGCAGACGGGCCAUCACUCGGAAGGUAUUGACACAUCACCAAAUAUGCACCUUACGCUCUGAUACCAAACUGUCACGCCCCGGAUUUUGAAUAAUAAAUUCAAAUCCGAAACCUGAAUAAUUACAAUUACAAAAAACCAAAUCUCGAAACUUCGAGUUCAUUAUUACAAUUCACUCUCACAAUAUAUUAUAAAGCUCAAAUGAGCAUAACACACCUCACAACUUACAAUUGUUGUAAAACUCUAACAAUUGCUCUAACCGCACGAUCACCGUCCUGGUUCUCCUGUCCUGUAGGAUUACCCGCUACACAAUUUGAAUAGUGUACCGGGAGUUGCAACAACACAAAACCCGGUAAGCUUUUUACAGCCAGUAUGAGUAAACAAGAAAGAACUGUUGAUUUAUUAGAUUUCAAGACUACCACAAACCCACGUUACUUUCUCACUCUCAUAUAUAUAUAUAGCCACUUAUGAGUUACUCUCAAUUUAGCUCAUAAGAUCACUCACUCUCAUAUAUAUAUAUAGACACUUAUGAGUUACUCUCAA